AACGCAGAGAGUGGAAGAGUUUCCAGAAACCAAGAAACUCUUUCUACGGCAGCGUCGAGAAACAGCAGACAAAACCCCUCUUUCCCUUCGAUUCUUUGUGCAACCGUCAAUCAAUGGCUCGCUCGCUCUCGAACGCCAAGCUUUUCUCGGUCGCCCUCGUCGACGGCAUCUCCGCCUCCAUCGCUAGACGCGGGUACGCGGCGGCAUCGCAGGGAGUUGCUUCGAGCUUCACCGUGAUGUCGAACAAAACAGGGGAGGAGAUGGCCAGAUCCACCGAGAGGGUCUCGUGGGUGCCCGACCCGAAGACCGGGUACUACAGGCCGGAGAACCGCGCCGACGAGAUCGACGUGGCCGAGCUGCGCGCGCUGCUCUUGAAGAACAAGAACUGAGCUCCCCUUUACAAUAAGUGAUCGUAAUUUAUCUCCCUGAUUCGAUCGCGACUGUAGCGAGGUUCGUCCCGCGAUAUGAUUCGACUGGAUUGGAAGGGGGGAUCCGCAUCCCCUCUCCGCUGUCUUAGGAAAUUGUUAGUGAUUUAUUGGCCCGACCAAGACAUUAUUAUGAACUGCUUUGUUUAAGGCAAAUACAACAUCAAGGAUUGAGCUUUCCGUCA